UUCAUGAAAAACAUAAAAGGAAUGAAACUAGCUUCCAAUGAAUUACCCAUAUGAAAGCAUUUCACCUAUCCAAUUUGUAUGAAUGUACUAAAGAAUCUUUCGAAACUGUGAAUGCGCAUACUCAGACUUUAAUUAAAACUAAACGUAGUAAGUUUAAAAUUAUUUAAAGUCCUACAAAUUAGAAAUCGAAAAAGUAUUAAGUAUGACACCUUAAAUAUAAAUACAUCAAAUCAACUCGAAACAAACAAACAUAUAAAGAUACACAUGAAGGCUUACAAAAUAUGAAAUUCCUCGAUGGACAGUUUGAAUGCCAAUACAUGAUUUAUAUAUGUACUAAUCACCGAAAUAACAAGUGACGUCAUGGCCUGCGGGCAGGUAUACGUCAGUCAUUUGUGUUUAGGGAGAGGGCAUUUUCUUAAGUAUUCCACAACAAAAAUAAACAAUUAUCGAAAAAAGCCAUGGGGAAGAGCUCAUGGAGAACAUAUUUAAUGCUAGUAAUUAUUGGAUAUCUUGGUUGUAAAUGUGUAGAAUGUGUUUUUGUAGAAACAGCACAUGGGUGGAUUCAAGGAAAGGUUACGGACAGUGCUAUAGUGUUUCUUGGAGUCCCUUUUGCUCAGCCUCCGGGAAGAUGGGAAGAUCCACGCGAGCCUUCGCGAUGGGACAACAUGUGGGAUGCUCGAUACGUGCGCCCAAUGUGCCUGCAGCCGCCAUGCGGCGCCAACCAGAUGCUGGGAUUGUGCAUACGUGAAAUGUCUGAAGACUGUUUAUACCUAAAUGUAUAUAUGCCUCUAAAUACGGCGCCUAGCAGCGGAAAAGCGGUCAUGGUGUUUCUACAUGGUGGUGCGUUCGAAUCCUUCACAGCUGGUGCCGACAUCUAUAAUGCGGAAUUAUUUGCAAAAAGGGGUGACGUCAUCGUCGUUACAGUAAAUUACCGAUUGGGAGCGUUGGGAUUUCUGGUGACAGGAACUGGUCCAGGUUCAGCAACAGGGAAUUAUGGGAUAAAAGAUCAGCGGUUGGCUUUGGAAUGGGUGAACAAAAACAUCCAAAAAUUCGGAGGAAAUCCGGAAAAUGUUACUCUCUUUGGUCAAAGUGCCGGGGCUUUGUCAGCACUGAUUCAUCUAACCUCCAGAAAAGCAGAUAAGUUGUUCCAGCGAGCCAUCAUUCAAAGCGGUCCAUUUAGCAUUCCGCCCAAGUCAUUCCAAGAUGCCUAUUCUCAAGGAGUUGAAUUCAGUCGAAAUCUCAACUGCUCUCCACAAAACAUUCGUUGCUUGCGUCGGAGAUUGCCUAUGGAAGUUGUAAGGGCACAAAGGGCUACUGGUGCUACAGGAAAUGUUCUUCAGCGGUUUUUGCCUUGGUCACCUCAUUAUGACGGUGACGAGGUUCCGGUUAAUCCUCACACUGCUAUAGAGAAAGGACUUCUUGCCAAUAAAUCACUGAUCAUUGGUACAACCGCACACGAAGGAUUGACGUAUGUGUACAACAUAUUUACAUCGCCAAUGAAUAUGAUGACGUAUUCGGGACUUUUGUUAAUGAUCAAUCAAAACGAGGCUUUCACGUGGCUCUCGAGAUAUUCUCCCAAAAACUCGCGAGAUGCUCGCGAGGCUUUGUCGGAGCUCGCCACAGACUAUAUUUUUACUUGUCCGACGAGGCAGAUCGCUGAAGACUUGUCACUCUCUCAGCAUAAAGUCUGGUUGUACGUGUUCGACCAUGGAAUGAAAUUUCUGAAUGGCACAGGCAUUAUGGAGAAUUGCCAUGACAACGCAUGUCAUGGAGGUGAUAUACCUUAUCUAUUUCAGAAUCUCCAGAAAGUGUUUCCUCUCAACCAAGAAGAAAUUCGUCUGGAAAAUGACAUUCUAAUAUAUUGGACAAACUUUGCUAAACAUGGAAAUCCAAAUGGUGCUAGUACUAACAAUUCGUCUGUUGUGUGGCCAUCUUACGAUCAGACGUCUGAAUUACCUAGGGCUGUGAUGUAUUUCAAGGUCCCAACGUCAAACGUAACACUUGACUAUAAGGGACCUAUUUGUGAUAAAUUUAAUAAAAUGGAUUUUAGAGGAUAGUUUAAGCACUCACA